AUGUACUCUGCGAAUCUUAUCGUCUUUUUGUUCCUUGUUGCUGCCGCGUUCGCUUGUGAUACUCAAUGGCCAAAUGGAACUGAUACUAAAGUUAGCUGGUACCAAUGUAAUAAUGGUCCCAUCACCUUCUUCAAUGUCACUCCUUUUGAUACAGAUGGCAACUAUGAAUACCCUGUUCAUCUGAGUAAGCCACUAAUUAUCAAGGCUGACAUCAAUAACCCAAAGACCACUUACGGAUCUCCAGCUCUCAAGCAAACCACAAACAUCUGGAGUUGGUCUUCUAGCUGCAGCUGGAGUUCAGUACCCACAUUUGGAAUGCUUAAAAACCUUGACGCUUGCACCAAUGGCAUCCCGUGUCCUAUCAAGACUGGCCGUCAGUACAUGAACAUUGUGAACGAUUUCUCACCCUACAGUGCAAUCAUCAACCUGUUGAAGGAUGAUGCUCCAUACCAAAUGCAAGUGAUACUCCAUGAUGAGACCAGCAAAGCUGAUGUUGCUUGUAUCAUCUAUCAGGCUAGAGCUAGAAUUCAAUAG